AGCGGGCCCGAAAGGUGCGGGUUGGUGGGGCAGAAUUUCGAGUCUUUGGGAGGGGCAAAGGGAGGGGCGUGGCGUGGUCUCGGGCUCUUCCCCCUCCGCCCCCUCCCCCCAGUUCUUUUUCAGUUAUUUGUCCGCUCCGGCCGUUCCCCCUCCCUCCUCUCCCCGGGGCUUGGUGUGAGCCCACACCUGGUCGGGAGCCCAAGUCCCACCCGGGAGCCGCCUUCCCCCCUCCCCCCCGGGCUGGGAAUGGGCAACGUGCAGUCUGAGCCGCCCCCCGGCUCAGAGCCCGGCACGGCCCGGGCCUCGCGGAAGGAGCCGGCCUCGGACCGCCCUGCCAACGCCAGCCGCCGAGGUCCCCUGGCUGAGGCCGAGUCGUCGCCAGCGCCUCCAGCCACAGGGCCCCCUACUCUGCGCCUGGCCCGCGGCCCAGGGGUCUGGUUCCCUGGGGGCCCCACACCGCCGGGGCUCUUGGUGCCCCCCGAGGGUGCCCCCGGGGUACUACCCUCGCCUCCUCAGCCUGCCCCGCUGGCGCCCGCUCCGCUUGACCUGCAGCCGCCCGCCGGACCCCCGCCCGAGGAGCCUCCUCCGACGGCGGCGGGAACUGCAGGGCCGCUGCUCCCUACGCCCCCUAAGUGGCGAAAGCCUCCGGGGACGCCUGUACCCCGGAUACGGGGCCUGCUGGAGGCGCGCCACCGAGGCCAGGGUGACCCUCCAGGCCUUCGCCUGCUGCCCCCACCCCCACCCCCACCCCUACCCCCUCCACGGCCCCCAGCGGACGGGCCUGAGCCUUCAGGGGGGCCAGCCCUGCCGCCCCCAACCCCUCCCCCGCCCCCAGAACCUCAGAAACCUCCUCCUGAGAGGGAAGCGCCCCCGGGCCGGAGAACCGCCCCUCCUGGGGGCUCCCCACGAGGCGGGGCAGGCGAAGGCAGGGCGCACCAGACGGGCAGCCCAGGGAGGGAGGGUCUGGCGGCCGGAGGCGGUGAGGGAGAGCCCCCGCCUGCGGCUGAGCCGGGCCUCAGCCUGCUGUGCAAAGUGACCUUCCAGUCCGGCUCGCUCCUGGUCGGCGGGGCCGCCGCACCUCCCAAGCCUCCGGUUCGAGGAGGCGGCCUGCCCUUCUCUUCGGGAGCCAUCUCCUAUGCCGAGGCCCUAAAGCAGGGCUCUCCGGGGCCUGGGUCCCCCAGGGGCCCAGGAGAAGCUAACCGGAGUACUCUGGAGACAGAGGGUGGAGAAGGUGAUGGAGAGGGUCCAGCCGGGGGCACCCCGCCUGUACUUCCUGCCCCACCUCCUCCCCCAACACCCCGGGCACCACCCCCACCUUACGCCCCUUUCCCAGGGGCCAAGCCCAAGUUUGACUGGGUGACCCCGCCCGAGGGCCCUGAACGACACUUUCAGUUCAAUGGGGCUAGCGGUGGUAGUGGCAGUGGUAGCGGCAGCGGCAGCGGCAGCAGCGGUGUGGGAGGCGCUAGGCGGCGGGGAUCCGGGCUGUCCGGGGCAGCUGCUCCUUGGGGGGCGCCGCCCCCGCCACCUCUGCCUGCGCCAGGGCCUCGCAGGCCGGGCCCAGCGCUUCUGGCACCUCCUGUUUUCAUCUUCCCAUCUCCCGCCUUGGCCGACGGGGAGACCCGGACCUCGGCCGUCCAGGUUUCCCCAGGGCCGCAGGAAGCCCCUCAGCUGCCGCUGCCACCGCCGCCUCCUCCGCUCCCCCCGCCGCCUCCGCCGCCGCCAGCUCCCCCGGCGUCUGCUUUGCCCGAAGUACCUCCUGCCCCGGUACCCGCGCCGACUCCGGCAGUGCAGUCACCCCGGGCUGCGGGGCCUCCGUCACCGGCCCCCGCCAAGCCGCGGACCAAGAAGAACAAGGGUCCGCGGGCCGGGAGGGGCGGCACCGCAAGGGAGGAAGGCGCAAGUGGUGAGGGUCCCCGCGACCGGGCGGCGCCGGGCCCCGGGCAGCCAGCGGAGAGCGGCGGCCCACCCCCAGCUCGACACUGGCCGCCCUUCCAGGUGCUCAGCUCCUGCCCCUGCAAGUGCUACUGUCGGCACCAGCCCCGGCACCGCCGGCUGCCCCGCAACGUCUCGGCCUGGCUGAGCACCCCCACCAAUCAUCUGAGCGAACCCCCCUGGGUGGCCACAGUCAAGCUGGCUGGCUCCUUAGUGGCAGGGCUGGAUCACUAUGACCUGCAAGCAGCUGAGGCAGACUAGGGAUGGGGGCCUGAGCCCAUCUCCUAUCCCCCAAUAAAAGACCGGAGUCUCCCA